AUGAUCUUUGAAAUUUCAGGCGUAAAAUUAGAAGAAAUCGACCAAGCUGGAUCUACCGGUCGAAGAACGAAACGUCAAGCUAUCGUCCGAAGUUUAACUGCGUUAGUUUCUGACAAGUUUGGUCUCGAUGAUGAUUACAUUCGUGUGACGGAGACGAGAGCGGCGUCUUCGACGAGCCUCUUUUGUGAACUCACUGCUAUUUUACACAUUUGGUUUGGAAGUGUCAGUCAAACAACGGUGAAUUUGUUCACGUACAAUAACAUCGCCAUUAUGGAUACCUUGAAAAAUUCCAUGUCUGAUUCUGGAUUAACUGCUGUGCGUGUUUAUCAAGUUCAAAAGAUUGUUCUUGCAUCUCCGCCGCCGGUUAUUUUAUCCCCGCCGCCGAGGAACAUGCCGCCGCCCUUUGCUCCGAGUCCACCGCCUCUCCCACCUCUAAAAGUCUUCGUUGAGUACCCACCUUUACCGGCACCACCACCGCCACCAUCGCCACCGCCUCUCAUUAUUCCACCACCGUUACCACCGCCACCGAGUCCAUCGCCUCCGCCGGAUAUCAUUCCUCCGGUGAUCACGCUCCUGGGUUUGGCGCACGUGGAAUUGGAACAGCUCGAUGUGUACACGGAUUCUGGGGCGACGUGUACGGAUAAUACGGAUGGUACAAUCACAGAUAUUACGGUCAUUGGAGUUGAAAGUAUUAAUACGGAUCUUCCAUCCGCAGAACCCUACCUCAUCACCUACGAGUGCUCGGACGUGCUCGGAAAUAAAGGCACGGCUCAAAGAACAGUUCAGGUCAAUUCGCCUUGCCCUGAAUUUUCAAAGUUGUGCACAGAGUUAGACCCGAUGGUGUGCGCCUGGGUCGAUCCGGAUACGAAAGUAGCGUAUUGUAUUCCACCUACGGAUGAUGCCGAUGUCGUCGAAGAAAAGUUUGUCGCGGAAGAGUACGUGCCGCCGGAGAACGUGUAUACACCAGUAAUGACACUUUUGGAAGGCGCUUAUACUUCUGAACUCGGCAAAGUUGAGCAAACCAACGCAGAUGGUGAGCUAGAAACGAUUCUUGUCAUGCGAACAUACGUUGAACAAUUCGAUGUGUACGUUGACCCUGGAGUUUUAGCCUGGGAUAACGAAGACGGAAAUCUCACGACGUCGGUCCGAAGUGAAGGUAAAGGUCUUGUGAAAACCGACACGGUGGUUUCGCGUCCAUUUACUAUUAAGUACAACGUCGACGAUUUAGAUGCGUUCAACCCCAAGAGUGCAACAGAAGUGCGUCGUCAGGUGUUCAUUUUGAACCCAUGUAGAGAAACGCUUCAAGAAGAUGGAGUUACCGAAGAAAUUUAUUGCUCCAGAGAGGAUUCGGGAGGAUUGCAGCUUGUCGUCUGCAGUCGCAACGGAAUUUGCGGUUUGGAUCUCGUUGUAGAAGAAGAAGUUAUCGUUGUCAAGGCACCAGAACCACCAAAUAUUACGCUUCUUGGACCGAAAAGAAUGGAAAUUAAUCAAUACGAAGUGUACAAAGUUUGCGGUGCUGUAAAGCUUGCCGGAGAAUCUUGCGACGACGGCGCCGAGGCCGUCGGGGAAUACGACGGUCUCAUCACGGCUGCAAACAGUCCGGAUAAAAUAUUUGCGUGCGGUUUAAAAUUCGCUACGAAAGGAGUUUCCGGUUGCGGAAUUGAUACCCAGGUUGCAGAUACGUACGAUAUCACAUUCUAUGCGAUCGAUUCUUCCGGUUUACAAUCCGAGAUUGUCACGAGGAAGCUGGUUGUUAUUCCAUCGUGUCCGCCGGGAGAAGUCGCGUGCAUAAAUACUCCCUGUUCUGUAGAUGGCGUUUGUUUGGAGGAUGUUGAACUGCAAAACAUCCUCGACGCCGAGGAAGAAGCUCAAGUUGCGGAUCCUCCCAUUGCUAGCGUGAUUACAUACGAAGGUUUUGGCUCUUCCAUUCAAUUGAAGCAAUAUACGCCGUACUACAAGUGCGAUACCGACCAAAUUCCAACCGCAGAUGUCCCGUGCGAACCCGGGGUUUUAGUCAUGCAACCUCAGAUUGGUGGUGCAGACCCAAUUGAUAUAUCAGAAUUUACGCUUUCUUGCCCACCCUCUGAUUGCUUAGAGUACGUUCCCGCCUGUCCGGCCCAUUACUUCAAGAAUAAAGGUGUUGUCGGUUGCCCCAUCAAUCCAAACGCCAAUCCGGGUACUACGUUUGAAAUGGAAUUCAUUGUUUUCGAGCAAGAUGCGCAGUACCCAAGACAAGUAUCCGUGAAACGUACGAUUAUAAUCGCAGAACCGUGUCCAACUGGGCAGAACUUGUGCGUUGUUGAUGGUGUGAGACAGUGCAGCGAGUUGGAAUGCGACGUGCUUCUCAUGUUGUCCGAAACGGUUGUUCAAGAAGACGUGACGCCGCCCGUGAUUUAUCUUCUCGGAGACGUUUCUUACGAAGUCACAUAUGGCGAGACUGACGACACAAUCUUUUUGAAUGCCUGCGCGCCGGACUCGGAUCGCUCGAACUGUUUGAUAUAUGCAAUUGAUGAGGAAGACGGAGACGUGUCGAGUUCGAUUUUAUCAUCGCAGAAUGUUGAUUUGAGCACCGGAGCGUGUGGCAUAAGCGACGUCACUCGAGGCUCCUGCAUACCUGGAACGUAUUCGUACACUUACACUGCUUCUGAUUCUAAUGCAAACGAGGCGAGCGUGGAGAUCAUCGUAAAGAUUGUAGAGUUGGGUAAGAUGAAUACUACAAUCACCGUUGGACCGUAUUACAGCUUAGAUUCCGCGAACGUUGCCGCCGGCAACUAUUUAGAAGAAGGAAGCGAUGCGCGAGCGGCGAUUGAAGCUGGUCUUGCACAAACGCUCGUUGCAGCUGGCGCGGGAUCUUUCGAAGCUUCAGAUGUAUCAGUUGUCGAUGCAGAAGUUACGCGAUCUUCUAGAACUACGUGGUCAAUUUAUAUCACCUGUGAGAUUUCUAUUUCUACCGGGAAGGUGUCUUCGUCUGGUACUGCAAAGAGACGUCGUCGACGCUACCGCAUCUUGUUGGAAGAAGAAAGUGAUGCUUCUGCGAUUGACGGCGCAUUAUCCGCAAUCGAAGCUUCCUUAACUGCGGCGGCUUCUAGCGGGACGCUAGGAUCGUCUCUAGAGGCAGCUUCGAGUGCGGCAGGCGUCGAGUCCGUACCGGUAUCGCCAGAAGUGACGACGACGAAAGUUGCCGUGACGAAGACUGUCGAUUUGGAAGCUUCCAAACUGACUGCCGUGAAGGCGACGGUUGAAAGCAUCUCAGCUCGUCUUUCCGCGCUAAGCACUUCAGUCAGACGCGUACAAACGAAUAUUGACAAUGAUAUCGAUUUUGAAGGUUACCUGACCUUCAACGAAAAGGCUUGGGAUGCGUCGAUGGAGGCAAGUUUAGAAGAACAUGCAGAGUUGACGGCGUACGCAAGUGAAGCUUUUCAAUUACUUAAUGCCACUGUUAGCGUGCAAACUUCGAAUAACGACGCUUUGAUAACGCUUCAAGAAAGAGCUUCUGAGCUGAAGAUUGCGCUUGAGUCCACUCUUGCAACAUUGAACGCGAUGAAUUCGGGAGAUGGGAGCAGUGCUGAAGCCUCAUGCGAAAAAACAAACUCUUGCGCGUGCCCCAAGCGCGACAAAGGAGAAAUUUUGGUAUAUUUCAACGCAACGAAGACGUUCACGUACAUACCAGACGAUUUUCCUGCAUCGCCACCACCACCUCCUCCGCCUUCGCCGCCGCCGUCUCCGCCUCCCGUGCCUCUGGGAUGCACGGCAGAAGACAUUUACACAUACGGCGGUUGCGCGAGCGCCAAAGAACAGAAAUCGAAAGGCCGUCGGCUCUUGAGAGAUUUGAAGUACUCCGGAACAGACGUUGCUAACGUUGUCGUGGAAGAAGAGAGCGCGACAGGCGAUGGCUCCGAAAAUCUAUAUUUUGGUUACAAUGUGAAGUAUAAAGUCAAGAAUGUAGUGAAGAAGGAGAUAACUUACGUUCCAGAGAGGAAAAUUCGCGGCAAAAAUACUCUAAUCGGUGGUGUUUUGAUCACGCAGUACCGAAGCGAACGAGCAUCUGGUUUCCAGUGCUCCAAAAGAUUCCCGACAUUGGCAGCGUCUUGUAGAGACUUCAAUCGACCGAGCGUGGAUCCAUUUGGAGUUGACCCCAUCUUCUCUAGGUCGUCCAGCCUCUUUGGAGGCGUGGAUUUGGAGAAGAAUAUUGAGAAAUAUUACAAUGUCUCAGAGCUUCCCGUUUCAGGCGUGCCUGCUGGGUUUCGCGUGCGAUCUAGUGAUUUGAAAAAAGGCAAGAGUGGAUUUGCUGUAUACAUUGACAUCAUGAUGAGUAAAAAGCAUGCCAAUCGUAUGAUUUCGUACAUGCGAGAGGGCAAUUUCAUCGACUCUAUGACGAAAUCAAUCAUUGUGAAUAUUGCGGCGUAUAAUCCAGUGACUGUAAGAUUCACAAACACUAGAGUGCAUUUCGAAUACUCGAAAGGUGGAAGCGUAGAAAUUACGAGCGAUACUCAAGCUCUCGCUGUUGGGAUUUACGAUGAAUUCUCGGGGUCCUUACUUCUCGCCAUGGAAGUGAUUGUCUUGUGUUGGGUGAUUUAUUCAACCUACGCUUUAAUCACAGAUUCUAUAAUUGCAACUCGUUCGUCGGAUUUUAAGGUGUUGAAAAAGCUUGAGAAAAACGUCGUUAAAAUUCACUCCAACAUUCUUGAAGUCAUUAAUCUGUGCUGUCAGUUGGCAGCGUUCAUUAUAUGGUGGGUAUUCCAAGCUCUUUAUGCCUACAGAUUCUCGCCGUCGAAACGAUACGAUGUGUACCAGAUUGUGACGGAACCAAAAGCACAUUUUAUGAUGCCUUUCAAGAACCAGACUGGGAACGACAUAGAAGGAGGCGUCUUCAUUAAUGGAACCAGUUAUAAAUUACCUUCGAGACCGAAAUAUAAUUGGGAACUGGCUGAGGAUACGCGUGGAUACGAAGAUCUGUCGCUAAUGUAUGAAGAAAUCAACACGAUGAGUAAUCUUCAAAUUACCUAUAAUCUCAUCACUGGCAUUAAUCUUUUGAUGCUCUUCGUGCGUUUUCUGUUGCUCUUGAAGUUUCAACCUCGCCUGGCGAUUAUCACCAAGACUUUCGAAAGAUCAACCGUCGAUAUCCUUCAUUUCUUAGUUGUGUACAUCAUCUUCAUGGCAAUGGCGGCAGUUUUAGGUAAUACGAUGUUUGGUCACUCCAUCGAGUGCGUGUCAUCGGUGCCGAGCGCUUUUGAACUUUUGUUUUUGCUCUUGAUUGGAGCGACAUCAUUCACGGAAUUUGUGCCGGAGGGAUUGGUCGGAAAUGAAUUUGAUUUGUUCUUCCGAGUUUUCUAUUGCGGACUCAUCCCGGUGAUGUUUCAAUGGAUUCUCUUUGAAUUUUUUGUUGCCAUUCUAGGUGAUGCCUUUGGAGAAGAGAAGGAAAUUUUGCACGAAAUUGAAGCUACUGGAGAUACGCUACCGAAUGAUUUACGUAAAUUAGCAGAGUAUAAAAUGGCCACAGUUCGUAAAGAGUGGCCAAGGUUUGAAGACGUCCACGAUUUGCUCAAAGCAGGGGUCAAAUUACACGAGAAGCAACAUCCAAGCAAUGAAGAAGAUUACCUCGAGAUGUUGGACAGAAAUGAUGACAUUAAGGAAGACGAUUACGAAGGUAAUCUCGAGAUUGUCACGCACGUGGCGAAGAAGUUCAUGAAGAAGGACCCAUUCUACGUCGGAGGGCUGAAAUAUCAACCUGCUUCAUUGGUCGCAACUCUUUUGCAAAACAAACCCAAAUUUGAAGACACUCACGAAGAGUUGAAUCAGAAGAGAGAAAAAAUCCGAAGGAUGAAGUUAGACAUGUACCGCAAGCUUCAAAAGUGCGUGGAUGAAGUCAGGGAUGACAUGGAAAUUCACUUGCGUCAUCAAAAAUCACUAGUGCAGCGUUCGGAAAAUUCCGCCGUUCGUUGGAAGCGAAUCAAAGAACUCGCCGAGGAUAUUGAAAUUGCGUUGGAGGACGUGACGAAGGAAACGUUUGAUAAACAAAAAGUAAAGGCCAAGGUGAGAGAACUUCAAGCGAAGCGAAGAGAAGCAGAAAAAGAGUAUGAGAAGAAAUGGAAGGAGGCCAUCGAAAAGGUCAAGCGGUACAGAAGUGCUCCUCCAAAAUCAGUAUUUGAUGCAACUCGAGUGCUUCUGCGUUCCAAAUCGAAAAGCUUGAAAAUCCAGCAAGCGCUCAAAUUCCAAAAGUUGUUUUCUCAACACGGUUCGAAGUCAUCAAAUCGCCGUCACAGGGAGAAACAAAUAGAGGAAACGAGGAACGCCGAAGCCGAGUUGAUCGCGCUCUCGACGAUCAAAAAGCGAAAGUAG